AUGGCGUUUCACACAGUGUGGCCGUCUCUGGCACGGCAUGUGAUACUUGAUCCAGAGAAGCCUAACAUACUCUUUUCCUCAGAUAUCCCUGCUAAGAUUGCAACGUGUGUCGCUGAUAUGCAUUUGUUUGAAGGAGGUGCCACAAGCAGGCUUGUGGACUUGACUCAGAGCAUUCGAAGCUUUAACAUUGUGCUUGAGCUAAAUGCGCUUUUGGUUAGAGUUCCGUCUUUGGCCCCUUCUGGUUUUGUCCGUCGAAAUCAGAUUUUUGUUGCGAAAACAACAAAACCACACCAUAUUCUGGCACCCCCUACACUCCAUGAUCCGCGCCUUCUUGAAGUAUGGGGUUCAGUACUUCGCUCUGCGUGUGAUGGAGAGGUUUUCGUUGUUAGUACUACCCUUGUCUUGGAACAACUUACAGUGGACUUGGCAAACGUGGCAAACAUACAGAUCGGGUUUUCUCAGCCGCUGGCGGUGCUCGUAGACCACGUGAAUAUUACUGACACUAUAAAGGAGUAUAUUUGCCGCAAGUUGCGGGCUGAACUUCGAAAUAAUUCAAACCUCCCUGCUGAUAUUGCCAACUCAUCUACAAUCUUGCAAGAGCUGCCAGUGCCCAUGGUCAGUAUGCGGGAUUUCUCGUCGCAGCAGGAUGAAAGUACUCUUUUCGAUCUUACUCUUGACUCUGAAGGAGUGUUCGAGAAGCUGUUUGACAUUGGUGAUGAUGAUUUUGAUGUUUCCGCAGAUGAACUACGCUUAUUAGGCUCUGAUGACAGUGGGAAAUGCACAGCUAAUGAUGAUGACGAUGAAUGCUAUGCUGACUAUGCAACUAAAAUUGGAUCAGAGAUGCUGAGUAUCUCAACCGCUUUCAAAAUAAUUGAGCGCAACCUCAGCGCACACGCAGGUAAUAGCCAAGAGUCAUUUACCUUCCAGGAGGAGAAUACUGACCGAGAGGAGGGCAUCAACUCGGGAAAAUUCCGUGAGAAUGUACAAAGCCUGAACCCCGGUGAACAAUUGUCGCUGAUGAAUUCAGCAGAAACAUUACAUUCAAAUCUUAAAGACAUUGGACCCGCAUAUCCAGACAUUGGAUGUUUAUCCUUAAAAGCUAAUCCAGAAGACAAUAUUACAUUGAAAAAGAGUCUAUUACAACCGGCUCUGUUACAGCCAAUGCAAGAACUACAACCAAAUCCUCCCAACGAAUCGAUGUCUGGUGAUACCAUUCAACCCGAUGUGUUUAGCCAACGGGAAUCCAGCAUUCCAACCUCAGUCAGUACUUUUGCUACCAAAUCCGAAUCGAGUACGCUGUCUAAUGGUAGGGCCAAUCCUAUGACGAUGGGCUUACAGGAAUCUCCAACACUCUAUGAACUUAACUCUAGCCGCGACCGCGCCAAUAUUGAAGAACCAGGCUUUUCAUCUGGUUCUAUCCUAGUUGCUGAAACUAGUACCCGGACAAACUCGCCCGCAAAGAGUCCAAAAAACCAGACAAACUUUUCUGAGUUCACUCCCAAACCUUCUGGAUCCCCAGUUCGUUUAGCGCAAACGACUUCCCAAUCCCCAACCGGCAAAAAGACGUCCAUUGCCUUGAUCACUACAGAGGACAACUUUGGCUUGGAGUACGCCUUCAGGGACCAAUCCACCGAAGUACCCUCUUUCAUCAAACAGGAUAAAAAGUUCAAGUUCAUUAAGAUUGGCAAAGUACAAAAAUUUGUACAUAUGUUUGAGGAGCAGACAGAAGUCGAGCCAAAAAGUAAUCUUGGCAGUCGAAAUUCAACGCGACCUGCUAGCCCAUUGAAAACCUCGAGUUGA